AUGGGGAUUGUGUGGGGUGGAGUAUGUGAGUGUGAUGGGUGGUGGAGUGGUGUUGUGUGGAGGGGUGUGUUUGGUGUGGUUGGGUGUUGUGUUGUGAGUGAGUGGGGGGGAUGGGUUGGUGGUGAGAUUGGGUGGGUGAAGUGGGGUUGUGAGGUGAGAGGUUUGUUGGGGGUUGUUGGUUUGUGGUUUGUUGGGAUAUGGGGUGUGUGUGGUGGUUUUGGUGUGGGGGUUGGGGGUGGGGUGUUUGUGUGUGAGGGUGGUGUUUGUGUUUGUGGUGUUGUGAGGGUGGUUGGGGUGUGGGGGGGGUGGGGUUGGUUGGGGAGGGGAGUGGGUAUUGGAGGGGUGUGGUUUUUUGGGGGGGUGGGUGUUAGGUUUGGGGUUGUGUGGGGGUUUGGUGUGUUGGUGGGGGUUUGUGGGGGUUGGGUUGGGUGGGGGGUGUGUGUUUUGUUGGGGGGGUUUGGUUGUGUUUUGGGUGGGGUGGUUUUGUGUGUUGUGUGUUGGUGUUUGUGUUGGUGGUGGUGUUGUUGUUGGGUUGGUGUUAUGGGUGGGUGGGGGGGGGGUGGUUGGGUGGUGGGUGGUGGGGGGUUGGUGGGUGGGGUGUUGGUGUGGGGGGGGGUUGUGGGGGGUGUUUUGUUGUUGGUGGUUGGGUGUGUUGGUUUGGUGGUUUUGGUGUUGUGGUUGGUUUGGUUGGUUGUGGGGUUGGGGGGUGUUGGUGUUGGUGUGUUGUUGUGUGGUUUUGUUGUGUGGUUGGGGUUAUGUGGGGUGGGGGGGGUGGGGGGGGGGUUGGUUGGUGGGGGUGGGGGGGGGUGGGGUUGUGUGUGGUGUGGGGUGUGGGUGUGUGUUUGGGUGGGGGGGGGGGGGGGUGGUGUUUGUGUUGGGGGGGGUGGUGUGGUGUUGUUUGUUGUGGUGGGGUGGGUGGGUUGGUUGGUUUUUGUGGUGGGGUUGUUGUGGGGGGUGGGUGUGGUGGGGGGGGGGGGGUUGGGGGGGGUGGGGGGUGGGGGUGGUUUUGGGGUGGGGUGGUGGUGUGUGGUGGUGUUUUGGUGGUGUUGGUGUGGUGGGUGUUUUGUGUGGGGGUGUGGGGGGUGUUUUUGGGUUGUUGUGGUUUGGGGGGUGUGGUGUUUUGGUGUUGGGUGUUGUGUUGUGGUGGGUGGGGUUGGUGGUGGGUGUGGUUGGUGGGUGUGUUGUUGUUUGGGGGUUGUGGUUGUGGGUUUGUGGUUGGGGGGGUGUUGUUGUGGGGUUUUUGGUGGGUGGGUGGUGUGUGUUGGUGGUGUUUUGGGGGGGUUUGGGGGUUGGUGUGGUUUGUGGGGGGGUGGGUGGGUUUGGUGGGGGGUGGGGGGGUGGGGGGUGGGAGGGGGGUGGUGGGGUGGUUGGGUGGUGGGUGGUGGGGGGUGGGGUGGUGGUGGGGUGUUGGGGGGGGGUGGUGGUUGUUGUGGGUGUGGGGUGUGGUGGUGGGUUUGUGGGGUGUUGUUGGUGUUGGUGUUGGGGUGGGGGUGGGGUGUAGGGGGUGGGUGUGUGUUGGUGGGUUGUGUGGUUUGGGUUGGGGUGGGGGUGGGGGGUUGUGGGGUGGUUGUGUGUUGGGGGGGGGGGUGGGUGGGGUUGUGGGGGGGGGGUGGGUGGUUGGGGGGUGGGGUGUGGUGGGAUUGGUGGGGGGGGGGGGUGGAGGGGGGGGGGGUGGGGGGGGGGGGGGGGGUGGUGGUGGGUGGGUUGGGGGGUGUUGGGUGUUGGUUGUGGGUGGGGGGGGGGGGGGGGUGGGGUUGGGGGGUUGGGUGUGGGGGGGUGGGGGGGUUGUGGGUGGUGGGGGGGGGGUUGGGGUGUGUGGGGUUGGGUGUGUUUAGAGGGGGUGGGGGUGGUGGGGGGGUGGGGGGGGGGGGGGGGGGGGGGGGUGGUGGGGGGGGGGGGGAGGGGGGGGGGGGGGGGGGGGGGGGGGGGGGGAGGUGUGGGGGGGGGUGGGGGGGGGGGGGGGGGGGGGGGGGGGGGGGUGGGGGGGUGGGGGGGGGGGGGGGGGGGGGGUUGUGGGGGGGUGGUGGGUGGGGGGGGGGGGUGGUUUGGUGGGUUGGGGGGGGGGGGGGGGGGGGGGGGGGUGUGUGGGUGGUGGGGGUGUGGGGUGUGUGGGGGGUGGGUGUUUGGGUGGUGGGUGUUUUUGAGGGGGUAGGGGGGGGAGGGGGGGUUGGGUGGAUUUGUGUUUGUGAACGUUCCACACUUUACUCACGUACUAAAAUUGGGGGGGUGGGGGUGGGGGGGAGGGGGAGGGGUGGGGGUGGGGGGGGGGUGGAGGGGGGGAAGGGAUGGGGGGGGGGGGGGGGGGGGGGAGGGGGGCUGGUUAGGAUGGGGGAGGGGGCGGGGAGGGGGGGGUGGCUAGGGGACCGGGGGGGGGGGGGUGGGGGGGGGGGGGGGGGGGGGGGGUGGGGUGGGUGCGGGAGGGGGGUGGGGGGGCGGGAGGCGGGGGGGGGGGGGGGGGGGGGGGGGGGGGGGGGGGGGGGGGGGGGGGGGGGGGGGGGGGGGGGGGGGGGGGGGUAA